UACGAACGCCGGUGGACUACUGCGGCUCAUCCCCGCUCUACUGCACGCGAAGCAAACGGCGCCGCCUUCCAUGGGCCGCCGCACCUCCCCUCUCUAACAUCUCUUGGUCCCCAGGCACACAAGCACACCGUGUCGCCUCGUCACUCCUUGCACAGGUUCUUUCACUUCUUAUCGAGCAAGGCCUGGUGCCGUUGAAUCGAUAUCUUUUCGAGCAUCAUGGCGGGCCGCACCUUCCUUUGUCGGCUAGUCCUCUACACUGUUUUCUCCAUCACCGUAAUCAGCCUCUUCACCAGAUCCGGAGCGCCUUCUUUCUUCUACCGAUACUCGAACUCCGCCGCUCUUGAGCGAGAAGAGAUUUUUUGUCCACAAUCCGAGCUUGCCGACGAUGUAUUGGUUGUCCUCCGCACAGGCGCCACCGAAUCUCGCGAGAAGUUGCCCGUGCACUUUAGGACGACCCUCCGAUGUGUGCCCCACUUUGUCAUCUUCUCCGACCUGGACGAGACAGUUGAGGGACACGAAGUCCAUGAUGUUCUAGGGGGUGUCAGCGAUCAGACACGCCAAGAGCACGAAGACUUCAAACUGUACCACCAACUGCACAAGCAUGGCAAGCGGGGGUUGCAAAACCAGCAUGACGUUACCUCACAGUCGGGAUCUUACAAGGGCGACUACCUUCAGACAGAAAAUGCCGGGUGGAAACUCGACAAGUGGAAGUUCCUUCCCAUGAUCGAGCAGGCGUAUGCGAAGAAGCCAGAUGCCAAGUGGUUUGUCUUUAUUGAGGCCGACACCUUCCUGGGGUGGAGUAACCUACUGGAGUACCUCAGCGGCUUCGACGACAGCAAGCCCUACUACAUCGGGAAGCACCUCUACAUCAACAACGUGGAGUUUGGCUAUGGUGGCGCAGGCUUCGUCCUCUCUAACCCUGCCAUGCAGAAAGUGUCCGAGCAGCGUUCAAACAACCUGUACCACUACGAGGAGUUUACCAAGUCCCACUGGGUCGGUGACUGCGCGCUAGGCAAGGUGCUGGAGGACGUCAAAAUCCCAUUGCACCGCGCCUUUCCCCACUUCCAGAGCGACUCGCCAGCAACCGUCGACCCAGCCAUCAUGAAGAUUGACCGCGACCUCUGGUGCUACCCCACCAUCACCUACCACCACGUCUCGCCGACCGAGAUCGACGAGCUCUGGCGCUUCGAACAGGACUGGUACAAGCAGCACGAAAUCAUGCUGCGCCACCGCGACAUCUUCAUCUCGCACGUGCGCCCCAAGAUCGGCGCCUCCGUCGCGUACUGGGACAACAUGUCGGUGGAUGCCGAGUACAACGCGCACGACCACGCCUCCUCAACCAAUAAAGAAGAGCGCGAGGCGUGGAAGUCGUUUGCGCACUGCCGCGCGCUAUGCGAGAGCCAGACCAAGUGCAUCCAGUUCUCCUUCGACUCGGGGAGCUGCUCUGUGUCGACCUCGUUCCGUUUAGGGUAUGCCAAGCCCAACGAGAAAGUGAAGAGCGGAUGGAUGACCGACCGGGUGGACGAUCUGUUCCGCGCGCUCGACGACCGCUGCGGGAUCCGCGAUUGGUUCACGCCGGCCAAUGAGGGCGUGAAUGCGAACGCGAAGGUGAUGUCAACGAUGCGACACCAGCGGAGAUGAGCGCGAGAAACCAAGACUACGGAGAUGGAUGCGACAGCGCAGACAAAGCUCCAAGACCGAAAGCAAGAAAACCAGGCACGAAAACCAGGCACAAAAACCCAGCGCCCACGACGCGCUGUGGAGACGGGAGGAAAGGACCACGAUGAUACCCACACUCGCUCGGGCACAGCCCAGCUUUUCUUAUGCGUUUACAGAUACAACAAUAGCAGUAGAUGGCACGGCAGCCCGUAGCCUCUUCUUAAUCCACCAAAAAAAUUGGAAAAACUAGUAACUUCAAGGGAUUGAUGACGUGACUGGUGACACUCGCACGCAUCUCACCGACCU